AUGAAACCCAUUCUUCUUCAAGCACAUGAACGUUCCUUAACUAAAAUUUGUUAUAAUCGUGAAGGUGAUCUUUUAUUUUCAGCUGGUAAAGAUAAAUUUCCAUCUGUAUGGUAUUCAAUUAAUGGAGAACGUUUGGGUUCAUAUAAUGGACAUAAUGGAGCAGUAUGGUCUAUAGAUGUUAAUUGGAAUUCAACAGCAUUUGUAUCUGCAUCCGGUGAUAGUACAGUUCGUGUUUGGGAUGUUCAAACAGGACGUGAACGAAAUCUUUAUCAACUUGAUACACCAUGUCGUUGUUGUGCAUUUAGUUAUGAUGGAAAUAUGAUUUUAUAUACAAAUGAUGAUGUUAUGGGUAAACCAUGUGAAAUGUAUUUAACAGAUAUUAGAAUACGACCUAAUGAAGGUUCAUCAGUUCGUAUUAAUAUAACACAAAAAGGACUUCGAAAAGUAACAAGUAGUUUAUGGGGUACUUUAGAUGAAUUUAUUGUAACUGGUCAUGAUAAUGGUGAACUUGUUCAAUGGGAUAUUAAAGCUAUGGAUGAUGUACGUAGAGAAAAACCACAUCAAGGACAAAUUAUAGAUUUACAAACAAAUAAAGAUUUAACUUUUCUAAUUUCAUCAUCAAAAGAUUGCACAGCUAAAUUGUUUGAUAUUGAAACAUUAGAACAUUUAAAAACAUAUACAACUGAACGUCCUAUUAAUUCUGCAGCAAUUUCACCACUUAAAGAUCAUGUUAUACUUGGUGGUGGUCAAGAAGCUAUUGAAGUCACACAAACUGCAGUCCGAACAGGUAAAUUUGAAGCUCGAUUUUUUCAUUUAAUAUUUGAAGAAGAAUUUGCUCGAGUAAAAGGACAUUUUGGACCUAUAAAUACUAUCGCUAUACAUCCAGAUGGAAAAAGUUAUGCUAGUGGAGGUGAAGAUGGCCUUGUACGGAUACAUUAUUUCGAUAAAGAUUAUCUUGAUUAUGAUGUUGUUUAUUAA